AUGGAUAUUAACCUGGAUGGUGUGUCUCCUACUGAGGUUGAUAGUGUAAAUAAUUUGGGAGAUCCUGAAUUUCAGCAAGGAGUUGGUGUUGAUCUAGACGUCAAUCAAAGCACUGUUUCCAGAACCUUAGCCACGGUAUCUAAAGCAAUUUAUUCAAAAAGAAACAAUUGGAUAAAGUUCUCCAACACUAACGAAUUGCUUAGAGUUGCUAUUAACGAGGGAGCACGUGGUGAGCGAAUGCUCAGGGUUAUAGGUGUUAUUGACUGUACCCAUGUAAAAAUAACAAAACCAUCUAUUCACGGUGAUGAAUACGUGAACAGAAAAGGAGUAUGCUCAAUAAAUGUUCAAGCUACUUGUAAUGCCCGAGAAAUGUUUACAAGUGUGGAUGCAUCUUGGCCAGGCUCCGUACACGAUGGUCGAAUUUGGCGAAACCCCAUAGUGCAUAGAAUUAUGUAUAAUAAUGUGCACGAAGCAGCUUUAUUAGGUGAUGAAGGAUAUGGUGUUGCCCCGUGGUUAUUGACACCAUAUAAAAAUCCAACUACACCAAUAUCCAUUCCAGAAAACGACCGAUUGGGACUAUACACUGCUUACAGUCAACCAUUACCGACCAGACCCGUAGAUUGUACUCGUAGACAAACAGAACAAGAAAACGACGUUUAUUGA